UGAAAAGCUGUCUCUCCACACUAGGCAGGCCUGAAAGUGUGCAGGAAGUGUCUUAGUCUGCAAGCUGCUGCAACCAAAUGCCACAGGCUGGGCAGCCCGACCAAUGUAUAUGACCUCUCACAGUUCUGGAGAUCGGGAAGCCCAAGAUCAAGAACUGUAGGGAUUAGUUCCUGGUGAGAAUACUUCCUGGCUUGCCCGUCACCUUCUCACUGUGUCUUCACAUGAGAGCGAGUGAGAGAGAGAGCCAGUGCUCUCUGCUUUCCUGUAUUAUAAAGGUACUAAUUCUAUUGGAUUAGGGCCCCAUUCAUAUGACUCCAUUUAACCUUAGUUACUUCCUUACUCCAAAUGCACACUGGGGGUUCAACCUCUGUAUUUGCAGGGGACACAGUUCAGACCACAGCAGAAGGUAACAGCCAGGAAGAAAAGGGACCUUAUCCUGCUUUGGGGUAGCAAAGCCAUACUUGACCUCCCAUCCUGACAUAAACCAAAGAGCUCUGGUUUCCUAGGCAACAUAGUCUCCAGGGCAAGAGGAAGAGGGUGGGGUGAGCUCUGAAACAUGUUGGGGUUCUCCCUUGUGGCAGGCCUGUGGUGCCCGAGGCUCUCUCUUCACUGAUUCUCAGAGCAACCUCACCAGAGACUGCCCCGUUCUGCUGGCUGAGAGAGAAGUGAUCUUCUUCAGACUGUCCCAGGGGUCCUGACAGAGCAGAUCUGAGUGCCUUUCACCAUCACAGUGUGCCAUGAGGAGUGGACGCAUGAUGCCCAGGAGGGGUGAGACCCUGGGGUUAGAGGGCACCGUGAGCCCUACAGGGGUGUCUUCUCUGAUCCUCACCAGUGAGACUGGGUAAUAAUGCGCCGUCUGCAAGGCUGUUCUGAAAAUUAAAUAAGAUCACGGAUGUGAGCCUGCUGGCCAAGCCAGGGCUCAGCGAGGCUGGUCCCUUCCUCAGCUUCCCUAUGAGAGCCCACACUGAGCUGGGAGGCAGCUUCGCUGGCAAUAACUAAGCCUCUGCCAGCCUCCAACAUGAAAGAUUACAGGGAACAAAUUGAAUGAAAACUACAGUCCUUUUACUUACCCAGCCAAAAAGCCUUGCUCUCCCAGUCGGGUGGAUUUUAAAGCCAGCCAGUGAGGUGUCAAGCCCCUUGGCAGGCUGCAGACAGCGAGCCACUGUCGCCACAACCUCGGGACACCAGUCCCAGCCUUCAGAGCUUCAGGCUUCAGCUCCACAACUGGCCUCACCACCCACGCAGCCUCAGGGACACCCUCCACACCUCCAAUGUCCAAUCCUGUCGCUCUCUGCCUCAACGGUGUCUCCAACGUCAGGUUCCUCCUCUCCGUCCAUCCCACAUGGCCUCGCUGGGGGCACUAAGCAUCUCUUGCCUGCACACACUGCUGCAGCCCCUCUUCUAGUCUGACUGCUCCAGGCCCAGUUCCGUGCCGCUGCUGGUUAUCUUCCUCAAACACAGCCUCAUUCCAUCACCACCCUGCUUAAGGAUAUCUGCCCUCAGGGUGGCAUCCUUGACCUUCAUCCUUCACGCUGGCUCUCCUGCCAUCCCAGGACACGCUGAGCCCUUCCCCUCCAGCUCCUUGCGUGCCUGCCCUGCCAGGAAUGCCCCUCACUCUCUCUGUCUCAAAGGCUCCUCUUCGUUCUCCCAAGCAGCUCCACUGGCACCUGGUCUAGGAAGCCUUCCCCGCACCCACUCGGGAACUACCACAUCCUGCUGGUUUUCACAGCAUUCUGACCAUUUUCCACAUCAUAUUACCAUUAGCCGUAUCCACUUCUGUCUUCCUGGCCAGACCUAGAGAGCAAGUUCUGUGUUCUGUUCCUCUUGGCCUGGCUCGAUAGAUGCUCAAUAAAUGUUUGACUGACUGAUGUCUCUGAUCCUAUUGUUGUGAAUAAAGUCUUGUACGUUAUAACAUCAAUCAACAUUCAGUGUAUAUGAAAAUUACCUAUCGGAUUUUUCUCUCUCGCCCUGUAUUAACUCAUCUUUCUGAAUAUUAAGCCCUAGAAAUGAACUUCUUUCCAUCUUUGUAGGCACCAUGCUGACUGGCUGACUGACCCACUGACUUCCAAUGUGACAAAACCUGCACGCGGGCUCCACGCACAGCUCCCUCAGGCACGCGGGUCUGCCUGCUGGAUCCGCUCUGUCAGCAGGGAUGGGCGUGAGGUGCAAGCUGCACCUGGCUUCACGGCUCAGAUUUGUUUUCCUGGCUGUUUGGGGUGCUGCGAUGGUUAAUAAGCAAAUCAGCCCCAGUAUUCAAAAUGCAGUUAAUAAAUCCUGAAAGAGAUACAAAUCAAAAUCCUCUAGCAGAGCCUGUAGGCAAAACCUAUGCUUUCCCUAAUCCUCCCUAACCCCUAAGGAUCACUUUGUUUUCCGCCAUGGUAAGUGGGGUUCAGGACCAGAUUGGAGGCAGUGUCACCGGCCCCUGUGAGUGAGGGGCUGGUGUAUCUCUCCUUGGAGAUUUCCUGACUCUAUGCAAAGGAUUCUAGCCAGAGGAGAAGUCAUAGCCCUGGAGGCUGCAUGUGCCAUUUAAAUGACAGCAGUGCCUACCUGCCUCCAUGUGGACUUGAGCUUCCUAACACAACCCAGCCUGGAGGGAGGGAACGCAAGACAGCGUAUGGCCAGCCCUUCGGACUGGUAAGUCUACAAGCCCUCUUGUUGAAGACUGCUUUGCCUUUGAGUUGAAUUGUUUUACUCCUGGAGCUGGUCUCUCUCAGACAAGGCCUGUGACCAGACUUUGGGAGAGUGUUGAGCCAUACACAUCACACAGAGCUGAAUGCCAGAUCACCAGAUCCAGGCAGAGGCUACCACGCGAGGAGGUCAUGCUACUCUGCAGUCUGUUUUGUUUCCUCCCAGGGGAAGCAGAAGCAGGAGAGCGGUGCUCCCAGAGGGAGCUUCCCAGGAGAUGAAGAAGCUGGACACUAACGCCUCAGAGGAACAAGGCUUCUGCCAUCUCUCGGAGGACUACAAGCAGAUCUACCUUCCCCUGACCUACAGCAUCAUCUUUGUGCUAGGGCUGCCCCUGAAUGGCACAGUCUUGUGGCUCUCCUGGCACCAAAGCAAGCGCUGGAACUGUGCCACCAUCUAUCUGGUGAACCUGAUGGUGGCUGAUCUGCUUUAUGUGCUGACGCUGCCCUUCCUCAUCGUCACCUAUGCCCUGGAUGACAGGUGGCCCUUUGGGGACGUGCUCUGCAGGCUGGUGCGCUUCCUGUUCUACACCAACCUCUACGGCAGCAUCCUGCUGCUGACCUGCAUCUCCGUCCACCGCUUCCUGGGCGUGUGCCACCCCCUGACCUCACUGCCCUACCGGACCCGCCGGCACGCCCUGCUGGGCACAGCUGCCACCUGGGCCCUGGUGGUCUUGCAGGUGAUGCCCACACUGGUCUUCUCCCACACAGACUACAUCAAUGGCCAGGUGGUCUGCUACGAUAUGACUGAUCCGGAGAAUUUUGGUGAGUUUUUUGUCUACGGUAUGGUUCAGACGUUUUCUGGCUUUCUUUCCCUCCUUGGUCAUCCUGGUGUGCUACUCGCUGAUGGUGAGGAGCCUGACCAGACCAGAGGAGACCCUCGAGAGGACGGGCAGUGCGGCCCGGGCCAAGUCCAUCCGGACCAUCCUGCUGGUGUGCGGCCUCUUCACCCUCUGCUUCGUGCCCUUCCACGUCACACGCUCCUUCUACCUCCUCCUGCACUUCCUGCUGUCCCAGCACUGCCCACUCCUGACGGCGGCCGGUGUGGCCUACAAGAUAUGGAGGCCGCUGGUGAGCAUGAACAGCUGCCUCAACCCAGUGCUGUAUUUCCUGUCAGUGGGAACAACAGGGUCAGGCUCUUCCAGAAACUGAUGCAUAACAAGAUGGGUGAGCACCCACCUGGGGCCAAGGGAGAGAGACCCAAGGGUGGGCAGAUCUGGGUACUGCCAAGAUAAAAUUUGGGGAAGAGGAGCUUCCUGACAGUGACAAUGACCUGUUUGAACACAGCCAUAUCGCCUAGGGGUGUCCUGCUGGAAAGAACUUUAUACUGAUGUUGAGAUUUUAAAAGAAGAGUAUGGAGUCACCAACACAAAGGAAAACUUUAUUUUGAUGAGAGCUGACAUUUAUCUCUUGUCAUUCAGGUCUCUCAGCUUAAAUGUCACCUCCUGAGAAGUCACUCCAGCCCACCAGAGCUAAUGUUGAACUCUCUACCCAUAAUUCAGUCAUUGUAUUUCCCUAUUGUCUUGUUAACACUUAUUAGUACCUGGACUUAGUUUAUUGACUUGUGAUUUGUCUCUGCCUUCUAGACUACAGGCCCCUGCAGGACAGAGACCUCAUCUGUCUG